UACAAUGAAUUAAAUAUAUUUUAGCGAUACAUUAGAAAUAAAUAUUAUACACAUUUAGUGAACAAGAAGUUAAAAAAUCCUAUAUAAUUAAUUAUAUACAUAGAAUAUUUAGAACAUUUGGCUAUCUAAAUAAUUGCAAACGCACAAUGAAAUUAACAUCUUUAUUCAAUUAUUUCCAAUUAAUUUUCAAUUAAAUUUUUUUAAAUAAAACAAAAUUGUUUUCCGAAAAAAGUUAUCAAAUUAAAAUGCUUUUUUCGUUUUAAGAUUAAAGAUGGUCAAUUGAUAAAUUAAUAAUUUUUAUCAUUUUUUACUUAAUUAUUUCCGUACAAAGAUUUUUAUGAUUUUCGACGACCAUUUCGACUUUUAAACCGAUGUCUUUGGUUUAGCAUUUUUAAAUUAAAAUUUAAAUUCAGUUAGUAAAUUGUUCAUUGAAGAUAAUUUCAUCGACCAAUAACGUACAUGUACAUAACUAGAGUAGGUAUCAAAGUUUAGUAAAUAAUAAACCCCGACUUUAAUAAAUGGCUUCACACAUUUUAAUUCACUUUAAUUACGUAUUGAUUAACAUAUGUUAUUGUUUUUUAGAACUUUCCUUUAAGUAGUUUUUUUCCGAGACGAAAGCUUGGAGUAAUCGUAAAAAUUACUGAAAAAAAGCAUCAUAAGAAAAAGAAAAAACAUUUAAAUAGAACAAUGAAAUUGAGAAAAAGUUCUUAUCUUUUUAUUUUUAUGAAUUUAUAUAAUAGUAUAUUCUGAAUUUAUAAGUUCAGUAUAAAGCAUCAUCGUUAGCAUAAUGUAUAAAAUAGCAAUAAUUUUAACGAUUUUACUUUUUUAUUUAAAAUUUUCGAUUUCUCAUGAAUUUACUUUCACUCAAUUGAAAACAUGCCAAGAAUAUCAAGUUAACGAUUCAUUUUAUAAAGAAUUUUUUAAGGUCGAUAAUUUAGAGCAAAACAAUAGAUCAGAAAACGAACUUAUAAGACUUAAUUUUUUUACAUUAACAUUAAUGGAUGCCCAUAUUUUACUAUCAGAAACCGAUUCACCACAGUUGAGCGACAAGGUUUAUGAUAUAGUAAUUGGAGCUGGACAAAAUACCUAUUCAACUAUAAGAGCGAAGUUGAAUUCUGAUGGAGUUGCACGAGUCGAUGGUUCAAUAAAUUUUGAUCCUUGGAUCCCAACACCAAUUGAGAUUAGUCAAACAAUAGAUGGUAAAUUAACAGUAUUGAUAUUUAACGAGGAAUAUAUCAGUUUUAUUGACAAUAAUCCAUUAUUAAUUAAUUUUGUUAGUUUUAAAUCAUAUGGGGGAAUACCAGCUAAGUGGUUUUAUGAUUGCAAAUUUAACGGGCAUGAAUAUGACAUUACAAUGGAGAAUAGAAAAAUUUCAGAUAUGGAACGUCUGGAGCAUUAUUUAUUUACAGAAUACGAUCCAUACAAUAAACCAUUGAAUUUAAACAAGUUAAAUAUUAUAUUUCACAUAAAUGGAGCUUUUCAUGAUGAGAAAAAAUCUAUUUUGAAAACGCGUAUUUCAAUAAAAAUGAUUUGGGAAGAUUCAAGAUUAAAAUGGAACUCUUCUGAAUUUGGGGAUAUCAAUAUAAUAACGGGUACAGAAUAUAAUAUAUGGUUACCAAUUUUGGUGAUAUAUAAUGGGGCUGAAAGUACUCAUAAGGGUGUCUCACUCAGAGGAGUUAAACAAAAAAUUUUUGAAAAUGGAAAAAUUGAGAUAGAGGCUAAAAACACUGAAAUAUCCACUUGGUGUGAGAGCGCUUCAAAUUGGCCUUUUAUGAAUUUAUCAUGCGAAAUAAGAAUAGGAGAAGCACACGAAAAUGUUCGUUUAUGUUAUAACAAGAAUUCUAAUUUAAAUUUUCUGCCUGUAAAUAGUUUUAUUUUUUGGAGAGUAAAUAAUUAUACAUCUUUAGACAAAUUGGAUAAAACCGACUUAGUCGUAGAAUUUCUUCUAAAGAAAAAUAAAAAUUUCUAUUUAUGUGUUUAUUAUCCUCCAAUAUUUACCUCAAUAACUUUUAUUAUACUAUCAUUUAUUUUAAAAGAAGAAAAACGUGGACUCGUUAACCUUUUAGCAAUUGUAAUUGUUUUAACAUCGCUCUUAUUUUUGUCAAAACAUACUACAAAUUAUUCCAAAUCAUCAUUGGUUGAUUUGUAUAUUGGUGUUUCAAUUAUAUCAACUUUUACAUAUUUUCUACAUGUUCUUAUAUUGUGCUUAAAAAAUUUCUCACCAUUGUUAAGCCCAAGUGAAUGGUUGUUGAGAGUUAUUUAUAGCCGCAUUAUUAGAUUUUUCCUUGGAAUGAAUUUUACUAAAUGCGAUUACGUUGACGUUCACGCCAACCCAUGGAAAUUGUUGGCAGAAGUCAUAAACAGAAUAAGCUUGAUAUUUGUUCUUUUGGCCUUUACUGUUACAAUUUGCAAAAACAUAUGAUAUACUUAAGAUUACUAAGGUUGUAUACAUGGUUUCAUUAGCAUACUUUUAUGUAACACACAAGGGACAUUUAAAAUUUUGGAUUUUGAACUAGUUUUAUAGCAGUUUUGUUUUACGUUAUUUUGCAACUAAUUAAAGAAAGUUUGCAGCAAUGUUUGUUUGUUCUAGCAUAUAAUUAAACACUGCUUAAAGUCUAAAACUACCAAUGUUAUUAAUAAUAAUUGAAUAAUGUUAUUUGGAGUAUACAUACAUACUAUAUUUAUUUUAAAUCUAGCAUAUUAAUGCUUUCUUGUAUUCGAUUUUUAAAAAAAUUUUUUAUGUUAAUUCCA